AUGAUCAAGUACCCGUACAAGAGCAGCUUCAUGGAUGAUCAAAGGUACCGUACAGAGAGCAGCUUCAUGGAUGAUCAAAGGUACCGUACAGAGAACAGCUUCAUGAAUGAUCACAGGUACCGUACAGAGAGCAGCUUCAUGGAUGAUCACAGGUACCGUACAGAGAGCAGCUUCAUGGAUGAUCACAGGUACCGUACAGAGAGCAGCUUCAUGGAUGAUCACAGGUACGUACAGAGAAGCAGCUUCAUGGAUGAUCAAAAGAGCACAGGGAUCAGAGAGCACAGGGAUCAGAGAGCACAGGGAUCAGAGAGCACAGGGAUCAGAGAGCACAGGGAUCAGAGAGCACAGGGAUCAGAGAGCACAGGGCUCAGAGAGCACAGGGCUCAGAGAGCACAGGGAUCAGAGAGCACAGGGCUCAGAGAGCACAGGGAUCAGAGAGCACAGGGCUCAGAGAGCACAGGGAUCAGAGAGCACAGGGAUCAGAGAGCACAGGGCUCAGAGAGCACAGGGAUCAGAGAGCACAGGGAUCAGAGAGCACAGGGAUCAGAGAGCACAGGGAUCAGAGAGCACAGGGCUCAGAGAGCACAGGGAUCAGAGAGCACAGGGCUCAGAGAGCACAGGGAUCAGAGAGCACAGGGAUCAGAGAGCACAGGGCUCAGAGAGCACAGGGAUCAGAGAGCACAGGGAUCAGAGAGCACAGGGAUCAGAGAGCACAGGGCUCAGAGAGCACAGGGAUCAGAGAGCACAGGGAUCAGAGAGCACAGGGAUCAGAGAGCACAGGGCUCAGAGAGCACAGGGAUCAGAGAGCACAGGGAUCAGAGAGCACAGGGCUCAGAGAGCACAGGGAUCAGAGAGCACAGGGCUCAGAGAGCACAGGGAUCAGAGAGCACAGGGAUCAGAGAGCACAGGGCUCAGAGAGCACAGGGAUCAGAGAGCACAGGGAUCAGAGAGCACAGGGAUCAGAGAGCACAGGGCUCAGAGAGCACAGGGCUCAGAGAGCACAGGGAUCAGAGAGCACAGGGAUCAGAGAGCACAGGGCUCAGAGAGCACAGGGCUCAGAGAGCACAGGGAUCAGAGAGCACAGGGCUCAGAGAGCACAGGGAUCAGAGAGCACAGGGCUCAGAGAGCACAGGGAUCAGAGAGCACAGGGAUCAGAGAGCACAGGGCUCAGAGAGCACAGGGAUCAGAGAGCACAGGGCUCAGAGAGCACAGGGAUCAGAGAGCACAGGGAUCAGAGAGCACAGGGAUCAGAGAGCACAGGGCUCAGAGAGCACAGGGAUCAGAGAGCACAGGGCUCAGAGAGCACAGGGAUCAGAGAGCACAGGGAUCAGAGAGCACAGGGCUCAGAGAGCACAGGGAUCAGAGAGCACAGGGAUCAGAGAGCACAGGGAUCAGAGAGCACAGGGCUCAGAGAGCACAGGGAUCAGAGAGCACAGGGAUCAGAGAGCACAGGGAUCAGAGAGCACAGGGAUCAGAGAGCACAGGGCUCAGAGAGCACAGGGAUCAGAGAGCACAGGGCUCAGAGAGCACAGGGAUCAGAGAGCACAGGGCUCAGAGAGCACAGGGAUCAGAGAGCACAGGGAUCAGAGAGCACAGGGCUCAGAGAGCACAGGGAUCAGAGAGCACAGGGCUCAGAGAGCACAGGGAUCAGAGAGCACAGGGAUCAGAGAGCACAGGGCUCAGAGAGCACAGGGAUCAGAGAGCACAGGGAUCAGAGAGCACAGGGAUCAGAGAGCACAGGGAUCAGAGAGCACAGGGCUCAGAGAGCACAGGGAUCAGAGAGCACAGGGCUCAGAGAGCACAGGGAUCAGAGAGCACAGGGCUCAGAGAGCACAGGGAUCAGAGAGCACAGGGCUCAGAGAGCACAGGGCUCAGAGAGAGCACAGGGAUCAGAGAGCACAGGGAUCAGAGAGCACAGGGAUCAGAGAGCACAGGGAUCAGAGAGCACAGGGAUCAGAGAGCACAGGGAUCAGAGAGCACAGGGAUCAGAGAGCACAGGGAUCAGAGAGCACAGGGCUCAGAGAGCACAGGGAUCAGAGAGCACAGGGAUCAGAGAGCACAGGGAUCAGAGAGCACAGGGAUCAGAGAGCACAGGGAUCAGAGAGCACAGGGAUCAGAGAGCACAGGGAUCAGAGAGCACAGGGAUCAGAGAGCACAGGGCUCAGAGAGCACAGGGAUCAGAGAGCACAGGGAUCAGAGAGCACAGGGAUCAGAGAGCACAGGGAUCAGAGAGCACAGGGCUCAGAGAGCACAGGGCUCAGAGAGCACAGGGAUCAGAGAGCACAGGGAUCAGAGAGCACAGGGAUCAGAGAGCACAGGGAUCAGAGAGCACAGGGAUCAGAGAGCACAGGGAUCAGAGAGCACAGGGCUCAGAGAGCACAGGGCUCAGAGAGCACAGGGAUCAGAGAGCACAGGGCUCAGAGAGCACAGGGCUCAGAGAGCACAGGGCUCAGAGAGCACAGGGAUCAGAGAGCACAGGGCUCAGAGAGCACAGGGAUCAGAGAGCACAGGGAUCAGAGAGCACAGGGCUCAGAGAGCACAGGGCUCAGAGAGCACAGGGAUCAGAGAGCACAGGGCUCAGAGAGCACAGGGAUCAGAGAGCACAGGGCUCAGAGAGCACAGGGAUCAGAGAGCACAGGGAUCAGAGAGCACAGGGCUCAGAGAGCACAGGGCUCAGAGAGCACAGGGAUCAGAGAGCACAGGGAUCAGAGAGCACAGGGCUCAGAGAGCACAGGGCUCAGAGAGCACAGGGAUCAGAGAGCACAGGGAUCAGAGAGCACAGGGAUCAGAGAGCACAGGGAUCAGAGAGCACAGGGAUCAGAGAGCACAGGGCUCAGAGAGCACAGGGAUCAGAGAGCACAGGGCUCAGAGAGCACAGGGAUCAGAGAGCACAGGGAUCAGAGAGCACAGGGAUCAGAGAGCACAGGGCUCAGAGAGCACAGGGAUCAGAGAGCACAGGGCUCAGAGAGCACAGGGAUCAGAGAGCACAGGGAUCAGAGAGCACAGGGAUCAGAGAGCACAGGGCUCAGAGAGCACAGGGAUCAGAGAGCACAGGGAUCAGAGAGCACAGGGAUCAGAGAGCACAGGGAUCAGAGAGCACAGGGCUCAGAGAGCACAGGGAUCAGAGAGCACAGGGCUCAGAGAGCACAGGGAUCAGAGAGCACAGGGAUCAGAGAGCACAGGGAUCAGAGAGCACAGGGAUCAGAGAGAGAUCCAUAG